UCGACAUAAGGGGGCGAAACGAAACAUAUUGUAACGCGUCCAAACGGUUACGCACGUUCCGUUUCCGUUUCAUGGGCGUGGACAAAGAGGAGCCACUUUGCCGCGUGCGCUCUGGCGCCGUGUUUUUGCCGUGAAAUCAACUCAUCAACGCGUGAUACAUCUCUCAUGAUUUGUCAGCUCACUGACUGCUAACUUCGAGUUGGAAAUGGAGGCGUUUCACCAGCUUCUGUCGGAGCACCCUGAGCUCAUGUACAGCGGAGUCGGAGCCACGGUGUUCGUCGCCGGCGGAGCGCUCAUAUACAAAAUUGCCACCAGAAAGAAGCCGACCCAUGCCAAUGUAAACUGCUGGUUCUGUGACCAGAACACAGUGGUGCCCUAUGGGAACAGGAACUGUUGGGACUGUCCCAACUGUGACCAGUACAAUGGCUUCCAGGAGAACGGGGAUUACAACAAACCCAUCCCAGCACAGUACAUGGAGCAUCUGAACCACGGAGUAUCCGGUGGCCUUCCCUCAUCUGAAACACCCAAAACACUGCAGUGGGUCAACUGUCAGAUGCUGCUUUGCAGGAAGUGCAAUAACAACCAGUCUGUCAAGAUAAAGCAGUUGGCCUCAUUUAGCCCCAGGGAUGAUGAGAAGUAUGACGAGGAAAUUGAAGCCUACAAGCACCACCUGGAGCAGACCUAUAAGUUAUGCAGGCCCUGUCAGACGGCUGUGGAGUAUUACAUCAAAUAUCAAAACCGUCAACUUCGAACAGUGCUCCUGAACCACCAGCUUCGACGCAGCCGAGAAACAGACAAGGGCUUCGUAAAGAGCUCCUACUCUGCGUCUUCUCCCAUGGGGGUCAUCCUGUUACGAGUCCUCACCUUCCUGAUAUGCGCUUUCCUAGUUGCCACAUCUUUCUAUGAAUUACCCGAGCAGCUCACCUCGCUGAGUGGCACACAGACGUUAAGUGGUGGCGUCAUUCCCCCAAAGCCUAAACCCUCUAACGAAUCCACCCACACCAAUGAAAGCAGUGGAGGUGUGUCUGUGUGGCAGGGUCUGCUAGAGAUGCUCCCAGACAAGGCCAUAGAAAAUGCCAAGCUGGUGUGGCAGCAUGGAAGGGACAACCAGCUGGCUGUAGUCUCUGUCGGCCUGCUGACUUGUCUCUCUGCUAUCUUCUUAGCAGGACCUGUAAGGUUGAGGAGAAUCGAUGCUGUGGCCUCUGUGCUGUGGUUCUGCCUCCUAUGCCUCUACCUGGCUGAGACCUACUUCACGGGUGCCUUGAGCUGGAUGGACACAGCCAAGCUCAGUAUCAUCUCCCUCUGUUGCCUAGUCAGCUUUGCCGCUGCUGUGGCAACUCGCAAACCGCUGGGUCCACGAAGAGCCAGAUAUCGAAGAUACCUUGCAGGCAGCUAUGCAGUCCCCUCCUACAGCAGCCAGACUCCUUUCCUCUCUCCUGACCUGGCAGACUCCUUCAUCCCCACCCCGCCCCCUAACCUCUCUAAGCUCAUCAACCGCCAACAGAGUCCUCGUGAGCGCAAGGCCUCCCCCUCCUCUUUGCCUGGGCGCCUCAACAGAGCCCUCUGCCUUGGCACCAUCCCCUCCCUCACCAGGACAGAUUCUGGUUACCUCUUUAGUGGAAGCAGACCAGCCUCACAAUACAAAGACUCCCCACCCUCAGACUACUUUUCACUGAAGUCUGGGAGUCGCCCAUCAUCCCCAUGCCCCUCUCCAACUCCUUCAGUAGCUGGGUCUGUUACAUCCACUUCAAGUUCUGCCAGGCAUCGGCGUCCCCUCAUCAGUCCUGCUCGCCUCAACAUCAGCGGCCGGAAACUCCGACUUUUCUCAACAGAGCCAGAACCCACGCUCAUGUCCCCACCCGUGUCUCCCUCACAUUUCCAGACCUUUUCCACUUACAGUGGCUGCUUCUCACGGGAUAUAUCACCCUUCCAAAGCCAAAAUGAUUUGAGUUCUUUAAGGGACGGCACAGUGAUCGAGGAGGAGGAAAAGCCAGACAGCUCCUCCGGGUCCUCUGCAUGCAUGGUUGGCACUACAACACAGGGGCUGGAGAGCACCCCUCCCCCAAAAGGUGUCGUGAGGUCUCUUAUCUGGCCGGGGCUUUUAUUAGUCAGCCUGACUGCCAACAUGUUGUUCGCCUGCCUCUAUAUGUACCACAACUGGGGAUGAACUGCCGACGAGUCUGCUGCUGUUCUCUUGUGACCUGCACGGAGCGAGUCGUCCUUGGUCAUGUCUGUGGACCCGGAGGUCCUUCAGCAGAGCCAGAAAACAUCACCUUUCUGACAGUUACUUACUGCUUAGUGAAAAUACAGAUGUCUGCUGACAGAUUUUCAGCGUUGUACCUCCCAUUUGAUUGGAGUUACAAAAGAACUGUGUGGUGAAAUCAAACAUUACACGAUUCAUGACGACGUAAAAAUAUUUUGGCUUUUGUGAUCUGGCCUGGUUUUGUCUCUUGGUUUGUCACUGCUCCUCUUACAUGCACACAUGCGCAUGUGUAAUUGAUUUAAAAGGCUCAUGUCUUGCACUGAUGGCUUUUUAAAAACCAUUCUGUGAAGCGUGCAAUAAACAUGUACUGUUCAGUCGAUGCUGCUUGGACACAGAGCGUCAUGUCUUACCUACUUGUAAUGAUUGUAAUGAGUGCAUUACUUCUCCCAACUGACUAACAUCGCCAGUUCUCUACAAUAGUCAAAAAUGGACCUUUUUCACAGCAGCCAGUCACAUGGAAUAGUCAGGUCAACGCAGGUGUUUCCAAUGAUACUAAUUUAGGUUAGUAUUUAAUUAGUAUCACUGGUAACACCUGCAUUGACCGGACUAUUUCAUGUCAAAACGGCUGCUGUGAAAAAGAUUUGUUCAAAACGUAAAGCAGCAUGUUAUGUCCAUGCUGUAAAGUUGCAGUUUUGCAUUUUUGAAAUUUGUACAGAAGUUUGUAGUGUCCUAAUUUCACAGCACUGGUGUUUGCCGUUGUGUUACAAUGUAUAAAUCAGCUGAGAAAGAGUGGCGUUGUGUUAUGAUGUAUAUUUCAGCUGGGAAAGAGUGGCGUGUCAAACUCUACCCUGCUUGGUUACACGGUUUACAGUCAACAUUUUUAAUAUUAUGCUCCUUUAUAUCUUAUACCAAAGUGACACAUGUCACAGUCCUUCACUACAGAAAUAGUUCUCUUUCACCAAACCGUUUAAUGUUCAGUCAUAUCUUAUAGAUAUCCUGUUCACAGGCUAGUUUGACGCUGAGAUUGUUUUUCUCCUAACUGAGCUGUGAACUAAAGUAUACAAGUCUUUGCGUAUAACUUGUAGUCAGACAUCAACAUAUGAAAUUGAUUUUGCACUUACUGUUUUUCUCUUCUGUUUGGUUGUGUUAUGAAAUUGUUCUAUUAGAGAUGAAGAGCACAGACGUUUGAUUAUUGUGUGUUGAACAUAUGAGUAACAAAACAUUGUACAUUUUGGACGUGUAAGAUGUGUGUAAACAGGUUAUAUUUAGCUUGUUUUGCUUCUCAUGUAAAAAAAAAAAUCAAAUGUUAGUCUCUGGGAUGUUUAUGUUCAUAUUGUUAAAUGCACAUAAUUUUUUGAGAGGAAUAAUUUUGUCAUCUGAGUAAUUACUGGGUUUUGUGUUUUUUUUUUUUUUUUUUUUUUUUUUUCCUCAGAUGCUAAUUUUGAUUUGUGGCAAUUUAAAGUCCAUUUGCAAGUUUAUUUGAAGUUAUUUUGAGCCAAAAUCUGAGAAAACUGAAAUGUGCUACUGAAAAGACAUCUAAAUGAAUGAUAUUUGUCUAAUCAUACUUAAGAAAACUAUCAUUAUACCAUAUAAUGAAUAAUAACCUUUCAACAUACUGUUUACAUUUUGCAUUUGUACUUGUGUAACUUGGCGUACGCUUAUUUAUUCUCUGAAAGGCUCAGUAACUGAUAUUUCCUGAAUGAGAGAAACCUUGUCUUUCAUUUAAAGUGUAAUUGAAGAAUAUUGUGCUUUUUCGCUGGAUCUAACAUAAACAUUAUGUCAAAUCAAGAGUGUCCAUUUCAAAGAUGGAUUUAUGUUCUCUAAUAUUUUCACUAAUUGUUUGAAAGGUUGUUUUUUCACUGUGUUCUGCAAUGUCUGCAAAAGCUGUUUGGUCUGUGUGAUCGAUAAACAUUGGCUUGUUUCAGUCGGACCCAUACUUUUUUAAUAAAGUGUUUGUUUUUUUUCC